AUGUCCAUGGUGCUGUUUGCCUCUGUGGUCCGGGUCGCGGACGGCCUGCCCCUCUCGGCGUCCACAGACUACGAACUGGAGAGAGAGCUUCAGGAAACCAAGAGGCACCUCAAAGGUCUUUCCAGGAAACUCAGCCAGUUCCCUGACCGCUGCACGUUUAAGUCUGGCCAGUACAAUGUUAAUUUCACCUACUCACUGGGUGUUGGCUACCUGAUGGUGUGCACAGCGAAUUACCCCAACGUUUUGGCUUUCUGCUUCCUGGAUGAGCUACAGAAGGAGUUUAUUGUCACUUAUGAGACCAAACGCAUCAGCAGUGCGGUGCGGCCCUACUCCUUCAUUGAAUUCGACACUUUUAUCCAGAAAACCAAACAGCGCUACAACAGCCCUCGCUCCCUGUCCACAAAGAUCAACCUGGCCGACAUGCAGACAGAGAUCAAGCUGCGACCGCCCUAUCAGCUUUCCCCAGAGGACCUGCAGGCUAUCAAUGGAUUCUCACUGCGCACUUCCUCUAAAUACAAGGGCAUAGCUCCUACGCAGAUGUUGGAACCAGCGACACUGCCAGGCCUUGUGUCCUGUGUGCUCAGUGUCCUCUGUGGAGGGCUGAACCUGCUGCGAGGGGUCCACGCCAUAGAGAGCAUCCUACAGAACGAUGACGAAGACUUUAAUUAUGUGAUUGCCUUCUUCCUCGGCACAGCGGCCUGUCUGUAUCAGUGCUACCUGUUUGCCUAUUUCUCUGUGUGGAGGAACAGUAAAUCCUUCCUGGCGUUGGCGCUCAUCUGUCUGUCCAACAUGUAUCUGUAUGAACUGAGGAAUGUUUGGCAGAUCCUCUUCCAUGUGGCCGUGGGGGCAUUCAUGACGCUGCAAAUAAGACUGAGGCAACCACUGGGAAAAGCUCCAGACUACAAUGUCUGACAGAAGGACUUUUCUUUAGAUGUUUCACAUCCUGGAAGUACCAGCAAUGGUUCAUGGGACAAUGUGGACAUAAGCAAGCUGUGGGGAAAAAGAGACCAUGUCUCGUUUGGACGUGAAAGAGAAACUCUUCUCCAGGCUGAAUCAUUUAUGGAGUUUACUGGAUUGAUUUUGGACCUGUCUACUCCACUACUGUGUGAUGAAGAUUUAUAGGUUGUUCUAGUGGAGCCUCGGUUUAGGUCACAGUUCUGCGAGCAGGACGCCUCGGUUUGCAAACCUGCGCACACAAUUAAGUACUGGAACGUUCCGGUACGAUGUAGUGAAAUACACACGUUGUGUUUGAAAAAUGGUCCAGAUUUCUCAAAAGUGCAAAAACGAACCUGCUCUUCAGCUCCAAAGUUAAUAUUUCCACUGU